UUUUGUUCUCUUCGGCAUAAUUUCCAAGUGCUUUCCUCUGAUCUCCUUUUUCCUUGUCGAUUGUAUUUAUCUGAUUAUCUUUCCGCUACUUUAUCAGAAGCCAUCUCUCUCACUGACUUCGCAGCCAGAAUCUCCGCUAUUGAAGUAUUGGAGUAGGAUAAUUGUUUGAGUUCUUGUUGACUCUCGGUUGAAGAUGGGCAGUUCUUCAGCUCAAGUGGUAGUGGAUGGUGUUGGAGAUUUGGAGAAGGGGAUGUUGAGUCUAUCAUCAAAUCGAAACCCUCUGGGUGAACUCUCGCCGACGCCGUCUCCGUCGUCGACUGCGACGGCUCCGGCUCUGGUUCUAUCUAAUUCGGGGAAGCGGAUAGACCAAGCGGGGAAGAAGAAGUACGUGAAGCAAGUAACCGGACGGCACAACGAUACUGAGCUUCAUCUGGCGGCGCAGCGGGGAGAUCUGGCCGCCGUGAAGCAGAUUCUCGAUGAUAUUGAUUCACAGAUGGUGAAAACUCUUAGUGGCGCCGAUUUCGAUGCGGAGGUCGCUGAGGUUCGGUCGUUAGUGGUGAACGAGGUCAACGAAUUGGGGGAAACGGCUCUGUUCACUGCCGCGGAAAGAGGACACAUAGAGGUCGUUAAGGAGCUACUGAAGUACUCCAAUAAAGAGACGCUCACAACGAAGAACAGGUCUGCUUUCGAUCCGUUGCAUAUUGCUGCAAGUCAAGGACACCAUGCAAUUGUCAAGGAGCUUCUUGAUCAUGAACCUUCUCUAAGCAAAACGAUUGGACCGUCGGGUGCAACUCCACUCAUUACAGCAGCAGCAAGAGGCCACACAGCCGUAGUCGAGGAAUUGCUUAACAAAGAUCGUAGCCUGCUAGAGAUUUGUAGAUCUAAUGGUAAAAAUGCAUUGCAUUUUGCUGUGCGCCCUGGGCAUACUGAAAUUGUAAGAUUGUUGCUCAGCAAAGAUCAACAGCUAGCAAGAAGAAAUGACAAGAAGGGCCAAACGGCACUGCACAUGGCUGUCAAAGGGCAAAGUCGUGAUGUGGUGAAGUUGCUUCUUGAUGCAGAUCCUGCCAUUGUUAUGCUUCCUGAUAAGUUUGGGAACACAGCGCUGCACGUCGCUACGAGGAAAAAGCGUGUGGAGAUAGUACAGGAGUUGUUGCUCCUCCCAGAUACCAAUGUGAAUGCAUUAUCCAGAGACCACAAAACUGCUUUUGACAUAGCGGAGGAGCUUCCUCUUUCAGAAGAGUCAUCAGAAAUUAAGGACUGUCUUUCUCGCUACGGUGCUGUCAGAGCCAAUGAACUGAACCAACCAAGAGACGAAUUGCGGAAUACAGUGACUCAAAUUAAGAAAGAUGUUCAUACCCAACUUGAACAAACCAGAAAAACAAACAAAAAUGUACACAACAUCUCCAAAGAGCUAAGAAAGCUGCACAGGGAAGGAAUCAACAAUGCAACCAAUUCAGUCACCGUGGUGGCUGUCCUCUUUGCCACAGUUGCUUUUGCAGCCAUCUUUACGGUACCCGGUGGCGACACGGAGCAAGGAACAGCUGUUGUCGUGGGCUCUGGUUCUUUUAAAAUCUUCUUCAUCUUCAACGCAAUUGCGUUGUUUACGUCGUUAGCAGUCGUGGUGGUGCAGAUUACAUUAGUCAGAGGUGAGACGAAAGCAGAACGACGAGUCGUGGAGAUUAUUAAUAAACUUAUGUGGCUGGCUUCUGUUUGUACUUCGGUUGCAUUCAUGGCGUCGUCUUAUAUCGUAGUUGGGCGUAAAUAUGAAUGGGCUGCAGUUGUGAUCACUGUGGUUGGAGGUGUGAUUAUGGCAGGUGUUCUUGGUACCAUGACUUACUAUGUUGUGAAGUCCAAGAGAAAUCGGUCGAUCAGGAAGAAGGAAAAGAGCGCUAGACGGAGUGGCUCGAACUCAUGGCAUCACUCCGACUUCUCAAAUUCAGAAGUUGAUCGAAUUUACGCUCUGUAGAAACUGGAAUUUGACAAGACAUUGAAGUUAGAAGCUCAAAUGUUUGUAUGUACGUAUGCCUAAGCUCAAUUCACUCUUUCAAUAAGAUUGAUAUCUUACGACACCAGUUUUACAUGAAA